AGGAUGAUGGGAGUUGGAGUCGGGACGGAGUCAGAGUACUUCCUGCUCCUACGAGGACGUCCAGGAAAAUUUCCGUUGAUACUAAAAAGUUUUUCUUUCACCUCGGAAAAGAACACCACCUCGGAGAGCCAAAAGUAAACACAUAUACAGAAUGUCUUUGAUGGAACGUGGGAAUGUCCGGCCAGUGACCGCUGUGGCCUGGGCCUCCAACUCUGGCACUUGCCCCAAAGAUUUCACCCUUAUCAGCCUCACAGAAGACGGAGCAUCAGCAAAUUUUACACGCACCUUUGGGAUGAAGUCUGGAUAUUACCUCUGUUAUAGCAAGGACUCAGCAGGUGGUAUGGUAGUGUCUGACAUCCGGAUUCUUUCUGAUAAGGACUCACUUCCUCAUGGUUACUGCUUUAUAGCCGAACAUCUUGAACCAAAGGCCACAGUUUCCAAGAAAAAACGUGUGUGCGUACGCAUCGUCCCAGUGGGCAGUGUGGAAACAGCUGUGUUGGAUAUCAAGCUGACAGCCAAAAGCAAAAUGAUGUUGCAGCAUUACACAUUUCUGGGAGACAUCCACGGCUAUGUGCUGUGGUACAGAAAAGGUUACUUUUCUAAACCCACGCCUCAAGCCAAGCCCCGCAGUGUCAGCCUGGACAUCCGCCAACUUUCCUUAGAGCAGCCGUCUCCUCCUCUACCCCUCAGACCUAGCAACCCCCCUCCUCCUCAAUUGCCACCCAGCAGACUUAGUAACAGACGCCACACUCUUCAAACAAAGGAUGAGUUAGACAAACCUGCUGAUGGAAGCAUCCAUGGAAUUACAGCUCUAGAUGGAGUUCCUUUCAGCCUCCACCCAAAAUUUGAAACCCAGGCAAAUGAGACGAACUCAGAUUUGAAUAUUUCCAUAAAGUCUCUCCAAGACAUUGAAAAUGAGUAUAACUACACUUUUGCCGUGGAGGAAAAUGCUGCCAAAAGGAUCAGACCAUCAGUACAGAUGGCAGGGAUCCCGUCAACUCAGUGAUGCUUGCACUUUGUCAAAGUUACAAAAUAAAAUGUUCUGUUAUUCUGUUCUCUCCAGAGGGCAUUUGCCAAUCAUGCUAUAAGUAAAGGAUAAUCAUCCCUCCAAUUAGGUUUAUAUUAUCAGGCUUUAAAAGGUCAACUCUGGAUAGCCCUAUUUAAGUCUUGAUCCAGAUUUCCAUUUUCAAGCGUUUAAAGUUUCUAUCUGCCAAAGAGAAGGGCUGUUUUAGCAAGGUCCUAAAUGUGAGCACCUUUAACAGCAUAACGGCUCCUUUCUGGCUAACCAUGUUGUGAACAUAUGGCUUAAGUUCAUUCUUUUCUUUUACAUGAUUUAUUUCCAAAUUUAGAAAACUUCUGUGCUGACAUACAAAGGUGCACCUUCGUUUGCUCUGUUGUGUGGUGUCCAAUAAAGUUUACCGUUAGAUAUUUUUGAAGAAUUGUACUAAGUGGCCUUAGUGAAUACAUUUUCCUACAAAUGAUGACUCAUUAGAUACACUAAUAUAUCUCAA